AUGGGUUCUAGCUUUGUGGACGACAAAGCGCACCUUGGGCCAGAAAGGCACUCGAAACCCGACGAAAAUCGUCGCUCACUCGAGUCCCGCAGGCAGAAACAAGAUCCACAAGCCUCAUCUCGAAUGGUUGCACGCAAACCCAAUCGUCCGGCGAUAUUACUACCGCGGCUUACGAUUGAUGAGCUGGUGGCCCCUCGCCUGGCCGAACAGGCGCUUAGCACUCAGACCACCGAGUCCUUUCACGGUUGGCUCAUGUACUACUUUCCCCGGAGUUACUCGUCUUUUUCCCAUCGUGUCGACACGAAUUGGAUGGACUUUCUCCGUGCGCUGCAACCAUCUGUCCGUUCGCAUGCGUUGAUGUGGGCUGUCCGAGCGCUGGUGAUGUUUCAGAUGGGGACAUUGCAGGGCAAUGCGAAUGCGAUAGAUUACGCGCGUAGCAUGUAUGGUCGGGGAGUUGGCUGUCUCCGGUCGUUACUUCAGACGCCGUUUGCUUUGACUGAAGAAGCGCUCGCUGCGUCCGUUUUGCUUGGAGGGUAUGAGAUCCUAGAUGGCAGCUCGGAGGAUACGUGGAUUUCUCACACUCGCGGUAUCCGUCAGAUUAUGUGUGCUCGAGGGGCAGCAGCACACAAGACAGGAAUUUCUCGCACACUGCUGCUCUCAUUCAGGCCGUUUCUCGUUGCAGAGUCAUUUGUGCUUGGGGAGCCAUGCUUCUUGGGCGACCCCGACUGGAUCAGCAUAACCAAAGACAUAUACAAGGAGGAGGAACAAAGCCGGGAGAGUACACUUGGCCGCAUCAUGGACUAUGCCUUUGAUGAGAUUACAAAAUGUCCUGGAUACUACGCAGCCGCCCAGGGCAUUUUAACCUCACAGGUCGAGACAGUCGAGACCCUGUUGGGCGGCAUCUCCGAAUCAAAGGAGUGCCUGAACAAUCUCAAGGCGCAACUCUUGACCAUCCCCGAAGAUGAAAGCCUUACAUCCACAGCGGCUUCCUCGCAGUCAAUUCCACCAUCUUACGUGAGAAGUCUAGCGCAGCUAACCUGCGGCGGUAUAGACUCCUCCCUCGCUAUGCUGGACCAGCUCACGAGCGUGCUACAGUCAGAUCGAGAUCGCAGAGGCCGCGCAAAUACAGUCUCUCCUGCCGCUAUUUACCAGAAGAAUCCAUGGUACGUCCCAUUGAGGCAAGAGUCCAAGAUGUACAACGAGUGCCCUUUGAAAACGGUACAAGACGAUUCGCCCAAAUCACCUAAUCCGUCUGUCAACGUUCGAUCCAUCGGAGAUCGGCUGGACAAGUUCUCCCUGAAUAUGGGCGUGGCCAGUAUGUCUGGGAGCUCUCCAAUACAAGCGGCGGCGUUGGGACGUUUUGUGCAGCCACAGUUGCCGAGAUGA